GUGUUAAACCCACAUGUCUAUGGUUUAAAUUAAAUCAAACAUUGUGGUUUGUCAUCAACUGUUUUUGAGUAGUUUGCGAUUGUAGCUAAUUUACGAAGUGUGUUAUUGUUGCGACCUAGCCAGCUUGUUUUUCCUCAGACAGCAGACGAUUGUGGGUUUGGGUAGGGACUAGGGAGGGACACUUUCCCAGAGUUUUCAGUAAUGUUUUCAUUGAUAAUCACGAUGAAGAAGAAGCCAUAGAAAAUAGAAAACGUUGUAGGAAUGUGUCAGGAUUUAUUUUCAAGAACUAACUUUCGCCCCAUGUACUCUUUUUUUAAAUUUAUUUUGUAUGUGUUUAUUAUGGGGAAAACUGUCCUCAGUUCUUGCCAUUCUUUCGCCCUAAAAUCGGCGACGCGGACAGACAUGAGGGAUUCUUUUGCUGUCCCUAAAAAUACUUUGGUCACUUAGUGAAUAUCAAAGAAAAAGUAUGUUUCUAUGAUACACACUUUCUACUAUUUAACCAUAUAACCUUUCCCCAAACAUUUAGUUUUAACCUCUUCCCAAUCCAUUACGCCUUCAACCAUAUAUGCUGGCUGUUUCAUAUAGGUGUGGUUCAUAUAGGUCUAUUUUUAAUGUGUGUGGAGAGAGGGAAAACGGCUGGAAACGUUACAGUUAGUGAACAGGGAAGGGAGGGUGCAUAUAGGGACUGGGUUGGCAUGUGGUCACAGAGAAUUGACAGACUACAGGUUGUCUCAUCACUCUGUCUCUGUAUAUUGUCAUUGAUAAAUGUGCCAUACAGAUGUUCUUUUUCAGGGUAUGGGCCAAACAAGGGAGCUGAGGAAAGCCUGAAACAAACCAAAUACUGUGAAGGUGCCCAACAUUUAUUUUCCCAUAGCUCAGAGAGGAAGUGUAACCAAGGGAUUGAGACCGAAGCAGUUCAAUGGAUGAAAACGUUGCAUGGACUGUAGAUUGAAAGAGGAAGUACUUCACCCUCUCAGAUUUUUGCUUUCGGUCUCUGCUUGUCCAGCCCUUCAGGCCCCUCUGCCUGUUAUUUUGUUUCUUGUAAGAGGUGCGUGAUAACUUGACGCAGAGAUGACAGCAAGACUGUGGAAUAAGCAAGAGUGGUAACUGAGAAGAGCAGUGACGUGAAUUCUUACAUCCGUAGGCUACCCACUGGAAUCUAAGUAUUAGCUAAUCAAGCAACAACAAUCCAUCUACCUUGGACACAGACUAACAACUAUGAGCACUUUCAAACGCUCAUGGAGGAAGUGACUGACUCUGCCAGACCGCAAUUUGACGAGGAUAGUCUCUUUGCCCUUGUGUAGAGUUUAAAGUGUCAGAAGUCCUUCAACAUCUGUCACUACAGCCCAACUAAGGGGGAAAAACACAUUUCUGCACUGGACUGGUAGAAAGAAAACUUAGGUGAACCUGUGAGUCGGAAUAUGGUGCUGCAAUGAACUAGGAAUCCCCUACUGGAGUUAGUGGGAGGAACUGGAACUGAGGUGAAACCCAGAACUAACCGAGGCCUUAGCACGACAACGGAAUGCCAUGUACUAAACUGGAAAUGCGCUUGAUUUAACUGCAUUUGGGAAGACUGGAAACUGUUCCUGUGGAACGGCAUUUAUUGGGAGAGAUUACUGAAACCAACAGCACUGUCUGCAGAAAUGGCGGGCCCGGGAAAGGACUACAACCAUCUCUUCAAACUGCUCAUCAUUGGAGACUCCAAUGUAGGGAAAAGCAGUCUACUACUACGAUUUGCAGAUAACUCCUUCUCUGGCAGCUACAUCACUACAAUUGGUGUGGACUUUAAGAUCCGUACGGUAGACAUAGACGGGGAGCGAGUCAAACUGCAGAUCUGGGACACGGCGGGCCAGGAACGCUUCAGGACCAUCACCUCAACGUAUUACAGAAAUACCCACGGUGUGAUUAUUGUUUAUGACGUCACCAACCCAGAGUCGUUUGUGAACGUGAAGAGGUGGCUUAAUGAGAUCACUCAGAACUGUGACAACGUCUGUAAGAUCCUAGUGGGGAACAAGAAUGACGACCCCUCCAAGAAGCAGGUGGACUCCCAGGAUGCAAUGCAUUUCGGGGAGUCGGUGGGCGUCCGGGUAUUUGAGACGAGUGCCAAAGAAAAUAUCAACGUUGAAGAGAUGUUUAUGGCUUUCACUCACAUGGUCCUUCGGACAAAGAAGCAGAGUCAGAGUCGUGCAGAGAGAGAGCGGGAACGAGAGAAGGAAACGGUUGACAUCAACUCUCACAGACACAGAGAGAGGAGGAAGAGGGGGAAGAAGUGUUGCUGAGGGAGAAAGGGAGGAUAUUUUCCAAGAACAGGACAGACCAAUGGAGAGUCGAGCAUCCAAAGUCUGUCUGCGCUCAUGUGGAAAGAGCCAGGACAUUACAUGUUGACAUUGCACUGAGUGAAGAUUACAAGAGGUUAAGGACAGAAAACCACUGUUACGUGCCAAAUUUUUACCCUAGCAGUUAUUUUUUAUGAAUGUAUAUUAAUGUCAUUUUCUCAUUAAAAAGGAAACUGGAUCCCCAAAGUGUCAAACUGUUAUUAAAACCCCUAAUUUAGGAAAUACACUAAUGACUUCAAGUGACUAGAGUGAUGCAUCUGUCUUAUUUGUAAUGAAAAAGACUGUGACAAAUAUAACAUCCUAAAUAAACAGUGAGCAAUAAAGUCAA